GCGGCGCGCCGGGCCCUCUUGAGCGCGGCCUCGCCGGUUUGGCGGGGUGAAAGGUCGCGAAGAUGGCGACGGCCUUGAGCGAGGAGGAGCUGGACAAUGAGGACUAUUACUCGCUGCUGAACGUGCGGAGGGAGGCCACCUCCGAGGAGCUGAAGGCCGCCUACCGCCGGCUGUGCAUGCUCUACCACCCCGACAAGCACCGGGACCCCGAGCUCAAGAGCCAGGCCGAGCGCCUCUUCACCGCCGUGCACCAGGCCUAUGAGGUGCUCAGUGACCCCCAGACCAGGGCCAUCUAUGACAUCUACGGGAAGAGAGGCCUGGAGAUGGAAGGGUGGGAGGUGGUGGAGCGGAGGAGGACGCCCGCAGAGAUCAGGGAGGAGUUCGAGCGUCUGCAGAGAGAGCGGGAGGAGAGACGCCUACAGCAGCGCACCAACCCCAAGGGGACCAUCAGUGUCGGCGUCGAUGCCACGGACCUGUUUGAUCGAUACGAGGAGGAAUACGAGGACGUGUCCGGGAGCGGCCUGCCGCAGAUCGAGAUCAACAAGAUGCACAUCUCCCAGUCCAUCGAGGCGCCCCUAACCGCCACCGACACAGCCAUCCUGUCGGGAAGCCUGUCCACCCAGAACGGCAAUGGCGGAGGCUCCAUCAACUUGGCCAUCCGGCGGGUCACCUCAGCCAAGGGCUGGGGAGAGUUGGAAUUUGGGGCCGGGGAUCUCCAGGGACCUUUGUUUGGUCUCAAGCUCUUCCGGAAUCUCACGCCCAGAUGCUUUGUGACGACCAGCUGUGCGCUGCAGCUCUCGGCGCGGGGCGUGCGGCCGGGCCUCACCACCGUGCUGGCCCGCAACCUGGACAAGAACACGGUGGGCUACCUGCAGUGGCGCUGGGGCAUCCAGUCGGCCAUGAACACGAGCAUCGUCCGCGACACCAAGACCAGCCACUUCACCCUGGCCCUGCAGCUCGGGGUCCCCCACUCCUUCGCCCUGAUCAGCUAUCAGCACAAGUUCCAGGACGACGAGCAGACGCGCCUCAAGGGCUCCCUGAAGGCCGGCUUCUUCGGGACGGUGGUGGAAUAUGGCGCCGAGAGGAAGAUCUCCAGGCACAGCGUGCUGGGGGCCGCCGUCAGCGUGGGGGUCCCGCAGGGCGUCUCUCUGAAGAUCAAGCUGAACCGGGCCAGCCAGACCUACUUCUUCCCCAUCCACCUGACGGACCAGCUGCUGCCCAGCGCCGUGUUCUACGCCACCGCGGGCCCCCUCGUGCUCUACUUCGCCAUGCACCGCCUCAUCAUCAAGCCCUACCUCCGGGCCCAGAAGGAGAAGGAGCUGGAGAAGCAUCGGGAGAGCACGGCCAGCGACAUCCUACAGAAGAAGCAGGAGGCUGAGGCCGCGGUGCGGCUGAUGCAGGAGUCUGUGCGGAGAAUCAUCGAGGCGGAGGAGUCCAGGAUGGGCCUCAUCAUCGUGAACGCCUGGUACGGGAAGUUCGUGAACGACAAGAGCAGGAAGAACGAGCGGGUGAAGGUGAUCGACGUGACGGUGCCCCUGCAGUGCCUGGUCAAGGACUCGAAGCUCAUCCUCACCGAGGCCUCCAAGGCCGGGCUGCCCGGGUUUUACGACCCGUGUGUGGGGGAGGAGAAGAACCUCAAAGUGCUCUACCAGUUCCGGGGCGUCCUGCACCAGGUCAUGGCCCAGGAUAGCGAGGCGCUGCGGAUACCCAAGCAGUCUCACAGGAUCGACACAGACGGAUAAGCCCCCCGGGAAGCCAGAUUCCAAAGAGGCUGUGCAGACUCUCCUGGGGGUCUGCAGGACCUGGACGCCGGGCGACCCCCAACAUCAGAUGUGUUUAUUUUCUAUUAUUCCUGUAGCAGGUGGUACCGUAUCAAUUAUGUGAAGGGACUCAGACCCCCGCUCUCUCGGGUGCCCGGGGAGGAUGGAGGCCCCGCCUGGCCCGUGUCUGUCUGUCCGUCCUCCCGAGGAUCAUGAUGUCCCGGGCAGGCCGCCGCGCAGCCCCCGCCC